GCCGCGGCACGGGGAGGGGGUGCACGGUGAAGGAACGAAGGUUGAGAGAGCAGCAAAGGGAAGGAAAGGGAGAGGGAAGCAUCCUUUGGGCGAACUCCCGGUGCGCGUUACCCAGCGCUGUAAGCACGUCGCCGCCGGCGUGCCUAAAUGGGUGCUCCGCUCUUGGAACGUGAGCUGGGGACCUUCGGGGUCUGACCUCCAUCAGCAACGACCCUCCUCCAGGCAAGAGGGGCCCUGUGGCCAGCUGAACCGUGAGGCCAACGGCGGGGCCACUCGACUCACCGAUCCCUCGCUCGCAAGAAGCGUUACGCGCCCUUGGGGCCGUGUCUCCCUGGCCUGGAGGAAACGCAGCUUCAGUCUCUGCGGUCACAAGCACCAAGCGCUCCGGGUUUGUACCCACCCAAAAGUACGCCCCCCACACAGGCAGCCCGGGAGCCCGGCCUCAACUCGCCUCGGGCUCUCUGCUCCACCCGGGAUCCGUACCAGUUUAACUCAGAGAGCUCCGGCGCGCCUAGGCAUUGGAGCGGGCUUUAUAGCCCCGGAGGACAGCAGUCGCACUUCGGCAUUCAGGCAGGCGUCAGGACCCAGCCCAAGCCCGCCGGCCGGUGGCGAGCGGAGACUUUUGAUCUUACCGGUAGGGUGAGAUCUUGGUCUCCAAGUCUACAAGAAAAAGAAAGCACGCUGUGAACUUUCAAAACUUGAAAAAGCAACCACAAGAAAGCAUGAAAAAGAGACAGAGCUGAAGAAGAGGGAACAUAAGAAUAAGUUCAAAAUAAUAAGAAAAAAAAAAAAAGAAGAAGAAGAAGAAGCAGCAGCAGUAGCAGCAAGCAAGCAAGGCCAGGGCUUGCAGCUUCCAGUGCGCUCAGGCGGCUAGUCCUGGGGCGCAGGGCGCGGGCCCUCGGGUGGACUGUGGGCCUCGGGGCUCGCAUGGGUGCCAGGGUCCCAGCCUGCGCGCCCAGACACAUUGCAGUUCCGGGGAGCUGGGGGCCCAGAGGCCACCCAAGCCACCACCGCCCACCAGCGCCCUGAGCCCGCUGCGCCGCGGCCGCCCCAUUCUCGGCCUAAGAGCUGGCCCAGGGAGACGCAAUCGAGCCCGCAGCGCAUCGAUGCGCCGCCGCCCGCGCCGCUCGGGCUCUGGCUGCCGCUCCACCGCCGCCGCCCGAGGGUCGCCCGCGUGAAUUCCAGCCUACCGGCGCCCUCACCACCAGACUUGCCUGUUGCCGACGCCGCCGCUCCAGCCGCGCCGUGGGCAGAAGACUGGACCGCUGAGCCCCGGGCCGCGGCGGCGGUUGCACCCCCCACCCCCAACACCUCCACCCCCGGAUGCCUUGACCUCCCUGUCUGGGGGCGGGAAGCGGGGCAGGACCGGCCGGGGUCGCUCGCGGGCUCCUCCUCUCAUCCCUCUGCCCGCCUUCCCCUCCCUCUCUCCCCGCCCCCCAGCCCCGAACCCCGCGCACCUCGUCUAGGGACGGGGCGGGGGGGGGCAGGGCGACCGCUCCUCCCCGCCCCCUCCUCCUCGGGCCUCUGGAGCGAUUUGUCAAACUUCCCAUUCCGCCGGCAGCGUGGUCCUCCUCCUCCUCCUCUGCCUCCUCCUCCUCCCCCCGCGCUCCUCCUUCCCCGCGCCUCCCUCGCCCGCCCUCCUUCCCUCCGCACGUUCGGGGAUCGCGGCGGAGCGCAGCGAGGGGGGGACGCGGAGAGCCGGGGCGCAGCAGCAUCCUGCGGGCGGCCGCUCUCCGGGGGGGAGGCUGCGAGCAGGCCCGCCUCGCCCCCCCCCCCGCCGCCCCUCCCUCCCUCGGCUCAGCCCGGCAGCGGCGGCGGCGGCAGUCGCGGGAGAAGCAUCAUGCCGAGGAGGAAGCAGCAGGCGCCCCGGCGCGCAGCAGCCUAUGUUUCCGAUGAGUUAAAGGCAGCCGCCUUGGUAGAGGAUGGCAUAGAGCCUGAGGAGCAGGCGGCCGAUGGAGAACCCUCAGCCAAGUACAUGUGUCCAGAGAAGGAUCUCAGCAAGGCCUGCCCAAGCUACCAGAACUCACCAGCUGCUGAGUUUUCCAGCCACGAAAUGGACAGCGAAUCUCACAUCAGUGAGACCAGUGACCGGAUGGCUGACUUUGAAAGUAGCUCCAUUAAGAAUGAAGAGGAGACCAAGGAGGUCCCAGUGCCCCUGGAGGACACAACCGUGUCGGAUAGCCUGGAGCAGAUGAAGGCCGUGUACAACAACUUCCUGUCCAAUUCCUACUGGUCCAACCUCAACCUGAACCUGCACCAGCCCUCCUCAGAGAACAACGGUGGCAGUAGCAGUAGCAGCAGCAGCAGCAGCAGCAGCUGCGGCAGCGGGAGCUUUGACUGGCAUCAGAGCGCUAUGGCGAAGACCCUGCAGCAGGUGUCGCAGAACCGCAUGUUGCCUGAGCCCAGCCUGUUCAGCACCGUGCAGCUAUAUCGCCAGAGCAGCAAGCUGUAUGGCUCCAUCUUCACCGGGGCCAGCAAGUUCCGUUGCAAAGACUGUAGUGCUGCCUAUGACACCCUGGUGGAGCUGACGGUGCACAUGAAUGAGACAGGUCACUAUCGCGAUGACAACCAUGAGACAGACAACAACAACCCCAAGCGCUGGUCCAAGCCUCGCAAGCGGUCUUUGUUGGAGAUGGAAGGGAAGGAAGAUGCUCAGAAGGUGCUGAAGUGCAUGUACUGUGGCCACUCCUUUGAGUCUCUCCAAGACCUGAGUGUCCACAUGAUCAAAACUAAACACUACCAAAAAGUGCCUCUCAAGGAACCUGUCACACCUGUCACAGCCAAAAUCAUCCCUGCCGCUCGGAAGAAACCUUCGCUGGAGCUGGAGCUGCCUAGCUCCCCCGACUCCACAGGUGGAACCCCCAAAGCUACCCUGUCUGAUACCAGUGAUGCUCUGCAGAAGAACUCCAAUCCUUACAUCACGCCAAAUAACCGGUACGGCCACCAGAAUGGGGCCAGCUAUGCAUGGCACUUUGAGGCCCGAAAGUCCCAGAUCCUCAAAUGCAUGGAGUGUGGAAGCUCCCAUGACACACUCCAGGAGCUCACAGCCCACAUGAUGGUCACUGGCCACUUUAUCAAGGUCACAAACUCAGCCAUGAAGAAGGGGAAGCCCAUCAUGGAGACACCCGUCACGCCCACCAUCACCACCUUGCUGGAUGAGAAGGUACAGUCUGUGCCACUGGCAGCCACCACGUUCACAUCUCCCUCCAAUACACCUGCGAGUGUCUCCCCGAAGCUGACCGUGGAGGUCAAAAAGGAAGUGGACAAGGAGAAAGUAGUCAUGGAUGAGAAACCCAAGGAGAAAGAGAAGACCAGUGAGGAAGAGGAGAAGUAUGAUAUUUCUUCCAAGUACCACUAUUUGACUGAAAAUGACUUAGAAGAGAGCCCUAAAGGGGGGCUAGAUAUCCUGAAAUCCCUCGAAAACACAGUGACAUCAGCCAUCAACAAGGCUCAGAAUGGCACUCCCAGCUGGGGGGGUUACCCCAGCAUCCACGCCGCCUACCAGCUCCCCAACAUGAUGAAGUUGUCCCUGGGUUCCUCAGGGAAGAGCACACCCCUGAAACCCAUAUUUGGCAACAGUGAAAUCGUGUCUCCUACAAAAACCCAGACCCUGGUCUCUCCGCCCAGCAGCCAGACCUCCCCCAUGCCCAAGACAAACUUUCACGCCAUGGAAGAACUGGUGAAAAAAGUCACUGAGAAAGUUGCCAAAGUUGAGGAGAAAAUGAAAGAGCCCGAAGGCAAGCUGUCACCUCCAAAGCGGGCCACGCCAUCCCCUUGCAGCAGUGAGCAGAGUGAGCCCAUUAAGAUGGAAGCCUCCAGUGAUGGUGGCUUCAAAAGCCAGGAGAACAGCCCCAGCCCGCCAAGAGAUGGCUGCAAGGAGGUGAGCCCUGCUGCAGAGCCGGUGGAGAACGGUAAGGAGUUGGUGAAGCCCCUGAGCGGAGGGCUCAGCGGCAGCACAGCCAUCAUCACGGACCACCCACCAGAACAGCCUUUUGUGAACCCCCUGAGUGCCCUGCAGUCGGUCAUGAAUAUCCACUUGGGCAAAGCCGCCAAGCCCUCCCUGCCUGCCCUGGACCCCAUGAGCAUGCUUUUCAAGAUGAGCAACAGUCUAGCCGAGAAGGCAGCCGUGGCCACCCCACCACCCCUUCAGGCCAAGAAGGCGGACCAUCUGGACCGCUAUUUCUACCACGUCAACAAUGACCAGCCCAUAGACUUGACGAAGGGAAAGAGUGACAAAGGUUGCUCCUUAGGUUCAGGGCUUUUGUCCCCCACAUCCUCAUCCCCAGCAACUUCCUCAUCUACAGUGACAACAGCAAAGACAUCUGCCGUCGUAUCAUUCAUGUCAAGCUCGCCACUGCGCGAGAAUGCCUUGUCAGAUAUAUCCGAUAUGUUGAAGAACUUGACAGAGAGCCACACGUCAAAAUCCUCUACUCCUUCCAGCAUCUCUGAGAAGUCUGACAUUGACGGGGCCACCCUGGAAGAGGCCGAGGAGUCAACUCCAGCACAGAAGAGGAAAGGCCGCCAGUCCAACUGGAAUCCCCAGCACCUGCUGAUCCUGCAGGCCCAGUUUGCAGCCAGCCUCCGGCAGACAUCGGAAGGGAAGUACAUCAUGUCAGACCUGAGCCCCCAGGAGCGCAUGCACAUCUCGAGGUUCACCGGGCUCUCCAUGACCACCAUCAGCCACUGGCUGGCCAACGUGAAAUACCAACUCCGGAGGACAGGUGGAACAAAGUUCCUCAAAAACUUGGACACUGGCCACCCUGUGUUCUUUUGUAACGACUGUGCGUCACAAAUCAGGACUCCUUCCACGUACAUCAGCCACCUAGAGUCACACCUGGGCUUCCGGCUACGGGACUUAUCGAAAUUAUCCACUGAACAGAUUAACAAUCAAAUAGCACAAACCAAGUCGCCAUCAGAAAAAUUGGUGACAUCCUCCCCGGAGGAGGACCUGGGGACCUCCUAUCAGUGCAAGCUUUGCAAUCGGACCUUUGCAAGCAAGCACGCUGUUAAACUUCACCUUAGCAAAACUCACGGGAAGUCGCCAGAAGACCACCUUCUGUUCGUUUCCGAGCUGGAGAAGCAGUAGCGUUUGCUGCAGGGUGGAAAUGACUGGAGAGAAAUGCUGAAGGCACCUUAAAGCCCCUCUGUCUUGUUCUUGGCACAUGUUCUUACGUUAACUGCAGAGGAUCAUUCUGGGCUGGACUGUUUGGUAUAACUGUACAGUGUUUAAUAGAGAGGUGCAUAUAAUCAGCUGUUGUUACUGGUAAAAUAACGAAGGUUAAAACGCAGUGCUAAGUGUUUGGAACUUUGUGUAAAUGGGAUUUAAUUGUGAGCAUCCCCUCGAUGCUUCAAGCUGCAUGCAUUAACAGACAGUUUAAUUAAGCAUUUAUAACAAAACCAGGCACACUUUUUCCAUGAAACUUGGGUGUGCUGGCAUUUCUCACCCUUUCAUCUUUAGCCCUCUGAGUACUACGAAGCACUUUUGCAUUAAUUUGGUUAAAAAAAGAUAAUAAUAAAACAAAAUAAUAAUGAAUAAUAAUAAUGUAUGAAACUCUGUUUUUAAACUCCUUACCAGCUUAGUUAUAAGGAAUAAUAGGAACCUCCAUUUAUGCAGGUCUGCAGGGGUAUAACACGCCUUGAAAUUUAAAAGAAUAUUAUUUUCACAUUGAAACAUAGAUGUAUAUAUUGUAUAGAUUUCAAACUCUUAUGGAAAAUGUGACUGGUUAAAUGACCCUUUCUUUCUUGCAUUUAUAACAAGUGUUUUAUGUACCUGCUAUACUCUGGGCACAAGCCAUGCCUCUGUAUAGUGUAUAUUUCCUUAUCUUUUUCUUUUUUUAAGGUUUAUGGUUUUUUUUACAUGCAAACGUUGUAAAUUAUACAGAAAAUUCCACAGAUAGCAUUUAUAAAAUAUACAGAAGCAUUAUCUCAAAGCAAGGUAUGAUGUUUGUUUUGCUAUACGGCACAUCUAUAUUGAUAGAGGGUUCAUGUUUAAAUUAUACAUAUUUAUUAGUAUUCUAUUAUCAUUUGUUUUGAGGCCAGGAAAUCCAUCCCUGGCAGGCAUCAUAACUAUUUUGCACAUGGUUCUUAAAGGUAUUUAUUAGAAAUUAAAGGAUGCUCAAAGUAAACUCAGUGCUCAAAGGGUUAAGUCUAUUUGAAAAGGAAAAAAAAAAACAAUUAAAAAAACCCAACAACUUGUACUGUAUUUCCUGAACAUUGAUAAAGCCUUUAAAAUGUUUGUACUGUAAUCCUUUGCUUACAAGUCAUGAGGCGUUCUGUGGGACACCCACUUUCACUUAUUUAUAAGCCCUCUUGGUUGCUAGUUCAUAAUGUGGGAUGCUUUUUUUCUUUCUUUCUCUCUCCUCUCUCUUCCUCUCUCUCUCUCUUUUUUUUAAUUUCAAUCGGUAGCUUUGUUUUGUUCUUCCUAAUUAUUCUUCCAAGAUCCCACACUGCAGUUUUAUCUUUAGGCUUAUGGAAGGUAACCCGUGGUUACCAGCUCUCCAAGCCAUUCUGUUCUUCUCCAUUUCUGGCAGUUAAUUUGCAGAAAUAACUGACAGCUGACACCAUACGAGAACCUAUGUAUAAAAUAUUGGCAUGUAAACACCACAGACACCGUGACACACUCUGUGCCCUGUUUUGUUGUUGACAAUGGCACACCAUGAUGUGACUCUUCAUAUAACCCUUUUUUUCUACGGCAGCAUUAAAAUUGUCUUUUUGCUAUAA